CGCAAGGCCUGGACGGCCACAGUCGACUCCUACACUUUCGGUGAUACCGGAUUCAGGGAACUAAUAAAUUCAUAAAUCGUCACCAUGACCACCAAAGUGCCGAAAGUGAAGUUUUAUAACGGCCAGGAGAUCCCCGUCUUUGGCUUGGGAACGUGGAAGUCAAAGCCCGGUGAAGUUACUCAGGCCGUCAAAGAUGCGAUUGAUAUUGGAUACCGACACAUCGAUUGUGCUCACAUUUACGGCAACGAAAAGGAAGUCGGCGCAGCGAUUCGGGAAAAAAUUGCACAAGGAGUCGUAAAACGUGAAGAUCUUUUCAUCACCAGUAAAUUAUGGAACACCUUCCACAGACAAGACCUCGUCGAGCCGGCGUUGAGAACAACCCUCGCCGACCUUGGCGUUGAAAACGUUGACCUUUAUUUGAUACAUUGGCCAUUCGGUUACAAAGAAGGGGGUGAACUUGCCCCAACAAAUCCUGACGGCAGCCUGCAAUUCAGCGACGUUGAUUACCUCGAAACCUGGAAGGCUAUGGAGAGUGUGAACAAAAAGGGCCUCACCAAGAGCAUCGGUGUGAGCAACUUCAACUCCGAACAACUGGAAAGAUUGCUGAAAAAUGCCGAGAUCAAACCAGUAGUAAACCAGAUCGAGUGCCAUCCGUAUCUAAAUCAACUGAAACUCGCUGAGUUUUGCAAGAGCAAAAAUAUCCUUGUCACCGGUUACAGUCCUUUGGGAUCUCCAGACAGACCAUGGGCCAAACCAGGUGAUCCUCAAUUGCUCGAUGACGCCAAGCUCAAAGAACUCGCUAAAAAAUACAACAAGACUCCAGCCCAGCUUGUCAUCCGUUACCAGCUCGAUCGCGGCAACAUCGUCAUUCCCAAGUCCGUGACGAAAUCACGAAUCGCCGAGAACUUCGAGGUCUUCGAUUUCAAGUUGGCUCCCGAAGACAUCGAAUACCUCAACACUUUUGACUGCAAUGGUAGGAUUUGCGCAUUGGAAAACUCACGCAGCCAUCAAUACUGGCCGUUUAAUAUACCGUUCUAAAAUGAUCUCGGCCAUUUUCUGGAUAUAAUGUGUUCUUUUUCGCUAAAAAAAGAAAUAAAAACAAAAAAAAAAAAAAACACAAGGAAAGUAUACGUGUAAAACGUGUGAAAAAGUCAGACGUAUGUAAUAUCGCAACAAUCCUGUUUUUUGAAUAAAACCUUUACAUCGAA